GGUUUCUUGAUUAACUGCUAAGCCGAGCCAAGUUUAACAGUUAUAUAUCUUGCUUUGUUUUUCUUUGAUGUGAUUACCUUUCCCCCUUUUUUUUUAACCACUCAAUCCAUUUUCUCAUCAUAUCACUUUCAAAGAAGAAAAAAAUUGUAAGAAAAGAAGCAGCAAUCUCGGUGUGCACGCCUCUCCAGACACAACAGAGUUAAUAAUUACAAGAAAAGGAGCUGUCUUGCUUUCCAAAUAAGCGAGACUUCAUCAUUAGACUGGUUCAAGACUUUGCCCGCAAGAAGAAGAAGAAGAAGAGCAGUACAAAACCCAUCACUGAGACUUAGCUAAAACAAAGAUAGCAUGAUCAGUACUACUUUUCCCAUGAUUUCUUCAUCAUUGUCCUUCUGAAUUUUAGAGCAAAGGGUGUAAACGAAGUAGCAGCAAUGGCGGCGGUGGGGAUGUUGCUGUGGUGUUUAACAAUCUAUUUGCAGGGGGGGCUUUGGUUGCCGGUGGAAUCCAAGUACAUAGCUUAUAACACCACAGGGAGAAUCGCUCCUGGCAAGAUUAACGUUCAUUUGGUACCCCACUCUCACGAUGAUGUUGGGUGGUUGAAGACUGUUGAUCAGUACUAUUUUGGCGGUAACAAUUCUAUCCGGGGAGCGUGUGUGCAGAAUGUGAUAGACUCUGUAAUGUCUUCUUUGUUCGAGGAUAAGAAUCGCAAGUUCAUCUAUGUAGAGAUGGCAUUCUUCCAGAGAUGGUGGAGACAGCAAAGUGAAGCAAUGAAGAUUAAAGUCAAGGACCUUGUCAACUCUGGUCAACUUGAAUUCAUAAAUGGGGGCAUGUGUAUGCAUGAUGAGGCAACCCCGCAUUAUAUUGAUCUGAUUGAUCAGACAACUUUAGGCCACAAAUAUAUCAAAGAUGAAUUUGGUCAGCUUCCAAGAGUUGGUUGGCAGAUUGACCCUUUUGGACAUUCUGCUGUUCAAGCCUAUUUGCUGGGUGCUGAGUUAGGAUUCGACUCUCUUUUUUUUGCUCGAAUCGAUUACCAAGAUAGAGCUAAGCGAUUGAAGGAGAAGAAUCUUGAGGUUGUCUGGCAGGGUUCCAAGUCCCUUGGUUCAACUUCACAGAUAUUUACCGGUAUAUUUCCUAGGCAUUAUGACCCUCCUGAUGGAUUCACAUUUGAAAUAAAUGAUGUGUCCCCGCCUAUUCAGGACGAUGUUCUCCUGUUUGACUAUAACGUUCAAGAGAGGGUCAAUGCCUUUGUUGCUGCUGCUUUAGCUCAGGCUAAUGUAACCAGGACAAAUCAUAUAAUGUGGCUGAUGGGGACGGAUUUUCGCUAUCAGUAUGCAAAUUCAUGGUUCAGGCAGAUGGACAAGUUCAUUCAUUAUGUGAAUCAGGAUGGUCGGGUAAAUGCUCUAUAUUCAACCCCAUCCAUUUAUACCGAUUUGAAACAUGCAGCAGAUGAAGAAUGGCCUCUCAAAACAGAAGAUUUUUUCCCAUACGUGGAUCAUCCAAAUGCAUAUUGGACUGGUUAUUUUACAAGCAGGCCAGCCUUCAAAGGCUAUGUCAGAUUGAUGAGUGGAUACUAUCUUGCUGCAAGGCAGCUAGAAUUCUUUAAAGGCAGAAAUUCUUCAGGGCCAAACACUGAUGCUCUAGCUGAUGCUUUGGCAAUUGCACAACAUCAUGAUGCAGUUAGUGGUACAGAAAGGCAGCAUGUUGCCGCUGAUUAUGCUCUGCGACUGUCAAUUGGCUAUAAGGAGGCUGAGAAAUUGGUUGCCUCUUCACUUGCUUCUUUGGCAGAGUCAACUUCAAAUAUCAGACAAGGGAACACUGUCAUCAAUUUUCAGCAAUGUCCACUUCUUAAUAUAAGUUACUGUCCUCCUUCAGAAGCUGACUUGUCUGAUGGGAAAAGCUUGCUGGUGGUUGUUUACAAUCCUCUAGGAUGGAAAAGAGAGGAAGUCAUACGAAUUCCAGUUUCCACUGAAAAAGUUGUGGUUCGAGAUUCUAGUGGGGGAGAAAUUGAAUCUCAGCUUCUACCUAUAUCAAAUGCAACACCACACAUAAGAAGGAAAUAUGUAAAAGCAUAUUUGGGUAAAUUCCCACGUGAGGCACUUAAGUAUUGGCUUGCAUUUUCAGCAUCCCUACCACCCCUUGGUUUCAACACUUACAUCGUUUCUGGAGCAAAACAGACAGGCCCUAGGUCAACUAUCUCAUUGGUACAGACAUCAAAUGAAAGUACAAAUGAAACCAUAGAAGUUGGCCAAGGAAGUUUGAAGCUACUUUAUUCUGCAGAUGAAGGGAAACUCACUCAUUAUUUGAAUAGCAGAAGCUUGGUUACCUCCACUGCUGGACAAUCAUACAGUUAUUAUACUGGAAAUGAUGGCACUGAUAAAGAUCCACAGGCCUCUGGGGCAUAUGUUUUUCGACCAAACAGUACAUUACCAAUAAAACCCCAAUACCAGGUUCCUUUGACUGUUAUGCGGGGUCCACUACUGGAUGAAGUACACCAGCACCUUAAUUCAUGGAUAUCGCAGGUUACCAGGGUCUACAAAGGAAAGGAGCAUGCUGAAGUUGAAUUCACUAUUGGGCCUAUACCUGUAGAUGAUGGAACAGGGAAAGAAAUCACAACCCAAAUCACAACCACAAUAAAGAGCAAUAGAACGUUCUACACAGACUCUAAUGGACGUGACUUCAUUAAACGGGUGCGAGACUCAAGGACAGACUGGGAGCUCCAAGUGAAUCAACCAAUUGCUGGAAAUUAUUACCCUGUAAAUCUUGGAAUUUAUAUUCAAGACAACAGCACAGAGCUCUCCUUGUUGGUGGACCGCUCAGUGGGAGGAUCUAGCUUAGUGGAUGGUCAAAUAGAGCUGAUGCUUCAUAGGAGGUUGCUUCAUGAUGAUGCAAGAGGUGUUGGUGAAGUGUUGAAUGAGACAGUCUGUGUCUUGGAUAGAUGUGAAGGUUUAACUAUCCAAGGAAAGUUCUUUCUCAGAAUUGAUCAGCUAGGAGAAGGUGCCAAGUGGCGUCGAACAUUUGGCCAAGAGAUAUAUUCCCCAGUUCUGUUAGCCUUCACAGAGCAGGAUGGAAGUACUGAGAUGAAUUUCCCACUGCCAACUUUUUCAGGAAUUGAUCCAUCUUACUCGUUACCCAAUAACGUUGCUGUCAUAACUCUGCAGGAACUUGAAAACGGGAAAGUGCUCCUUCGGUUGGCUCACCUUUAUGAGACCGGGGAGGACAAGGAUUAUUCAGUAAUGGCAAGCGUGGAGUUGAAAAUGCUAUUUCCGAAGAAGAAGAUAGUUGAAGUCACAGAAUUGAGCUUAUCUGCCAAUCAAGAAAGAACUGACAUGGAAAAGAAGAGGCUGGUGUGGAAAGUCGAAGGCUCCACCGGAGAAGAACCCAAGGUGGUGCGGGGAGGACCUGUUGAUCCCGCCAAGCUAGUGGUGGAGCUUGUCCCCAUGGAAAUCCGCACUUUCCACGUAGACUUUGAUCACCUCCAAAUGUUUGGUUCCUGAAAGAGAAAAGGGUCGGGCUUCUGCAAUACCCACAGAAGAAGAGACUUAUUUUUAUGUGGUAAAUGUUGCCCAAAUCUCCUGUAGUUUUGAGCCGAAUUGCAAAAUCCAAGAAAGUAAGAAAGAAAUAAACAGCAAAUAUUAACAGAGUGAACUUUGGUUUAUAUGGCCAAUAGGAUCCAGAGCAAGUAGCAGUGAACUCUUUGUACAAGUCAUGGUGGUCUGGAUCUCUAAACAUAACCUUUUCAAGUAUAACAUGUCAAGACUAAACUCCA